AUCAUUUUAAAAAAUAAAAUUCGAAGUUCCACUAUUGAAUAAUCUGUCAAUUAUUUUAUAAGAGAUUUUUGAUUUAUCUAUUCAAUUGUACGAUAAAUAAUCAAAUGACUUCAACAUUAGGAGGAGGCCCUAUUCCCGGAAAUUUACCACCAAGUAUGCAGAGUAAAAGAUUACAACAAACACAAGCUCAAGUCGACGAGGUUGUGGAUAUAAUGCGAGUUAACGUUGAUAAAGUUUUAGAGAGGGAUCAAAAAUUAUCAGAACUCGACAAUAGAGCAGAUGCCCUUCAACAAGGUGCCUCACAAUUCGAAACGAACGCGGGAAAAUUAAAGAGAAAAUAUUGGUGGAAAAAUUGCAAGAUGAUGGCUAUUCUAGCUGGGAUCAUUAUCAUAAUAAUCAUUAUAAUUAUCGUUUGGUCAACAACUGGCAACAAAGAUAAAUCAUAAUCACCCCUUAUAAUUAUUCCUUUCAUUUAUUUUAGUUAUUUAUUGAUUAAAUAUUUAUAAACUGAAUUGUUUCAUUUAAUAUGCUUAUCAUUAUUUUUUUGCGAAAUAAUUUAUCUAAAUUUUUUUAUUUAUUAUAAUUUGUAAUAAGGAUAAGCUGGCUUUCUAUGCCUUUUUGAUUUUCGAGUGUUUAAUUUACCCUGCUAAAUUUUUAGGGUUUUUUUUUAAAUUAUGUAUACUAGUUUUUAUUUAAUCUUGCUGCACUAAAACGGUACAAAAAUAAAAUGGACCAGCUAUAAAAGCAACAUAUGUUAUUGUUAUUGUUGUAGCUUUGUUUAAAUAUAUUAUAAUAAAUAUGUAAACUUUUAAAUUGUCAAUUUAUCUUUAAAAUUAUGGUAUACCUAUGUUAUAAUUUUUGCAAAUUAUAUUCUUUUUUUGAUAUACAUUAAUUUUGUGUUACGUGUACUAUUAUAAUAGAAAUAAGAGAAUAUU